CUGAAUUCAUGAUUGAUUGAAUUCUGGUGUUGAUUGUUUCCAUCUUGGGACCUUUUGAUCAUUUUGAUGUUCUCUUAAGGCUACUCUAAGAUGAUUAUGUUACAUUUAUGUAAUUUAAUAGCGAUUGUGGUUAAAGAAACAAUUUGUUUAGAUUCUAAUUGAUAAACAGUUUUCUUUUCUUCGCUGUUGGUAUCAUCACUGUUUUUUCAUAUUCUCUUUCAGUUGAGUUGACAUGUUUUCUAAAUACUGUAUUAAUGUCUAAAGACCAACUGAUAUUAAUACUUUUAUUGCUUCAUAAGAGAUACUUGAAGAAAAAAGUUUAUUCAUAACUAUUGGAAUAUAUAGAAUCCACUUGAAGGAAUUUGUAUCUUUUGCUGAUAAUCAAACGGAUUUAGAGAUGUUAACGUUUUUCCAUCAAUUUUUCCUUUCAAUCAAUUCUUUCUCAAAUUCUUUAAUUGUGAAAGUUUUCUGGUAUUUUGCUGAUUGUUACUUGUUGAUUAUCUCCUUUGAAACUUUCAUCAUUACCAUGGAAGCAAGAAAUUAUCUUACUGAUGAUGAGAGUGAUAAUCAUUGUAAAAAUAAUAAAGAAAGUGACCAAAGAAAUGUGUUGGUUAAUCUUGGAAAAUUAGUGACCAUUGAUGGAAAUUGUUAUGACGAUCACAAUAUUAAGUUGAGUGAUUUGAUUAAUUUGGAAACUGAUAAUGAUUUGCCUCAAGUUGAUGUCGCGAACUGGAACUACGCGAAACGAUUUCCUUUCAUUCUAAAAUGGCUCGACAAUUUCUGGUUCUAUAACGAAAUCGCAAUCAAAAAUGGACGCAUAGUGAAAUCGUCAUUACCGAGUUAUAUUUCUAAGAAAAAUAUUUUUAAUAUUAAGCGACGCUCAAAGGCUUCAAGACAAGUCAAUCCAAAUCCUCGAGUCUUUGCUCAUGUACAAAAUGAAGUACCUUGGCCUGAAUCGGAUCUCGAACCAUUAUUGACCCCUGUUCUAUCCGAUACAAUAAUAAGACGAGUUCUCAAAGGGAUGUCACAAGGAAAACUCUACAACAUUGAUUACAAGAAGCUGAGUAAAAUUUUCAUACAUCGAAUCAGGAUGGAUAAAGAUGAACGUGCCAAAUGCCCACUUUGCGAUAAUAAGUACGAUAACAAGCUAAAUGCCAUUAAGCACAUUGAAAGUAUUCACACGAAUUUCGCUUGUUUUUGUGGUUCAUGUGGACAAAUCUAUUUACGACGAGCUUUAUGUUUAACUCACGAAUGCACAAAGAGAUGAAAGUGGCCUGGAACUUACUCAGAGCAACUUCUAUAAUAAUUAACUAGCGAACGAAUAAUUUGUUACAAAUCAAAUAAUUUCUAUAUUCAAUAAAAUGGUUAAGUUUCAACGACAUCGAUCCUAAGACCGAUUCAUAAUCUAA